CAGGACUACCGUUACACAAGUUGGGAGACAAGUGGUGAGAUAACAGUCGCAGUCCGUAGAGAAAGAUGACGGAAAGCUCCGCGAAUAAGCUGCUAAACGGGGACGCCUGUCACCGAACCUCAAACGGUAAAAGGUCGAGUAAAAAUGGCUUCGUGAAGAACCACUGUGUGUUUCAGCAGCCACAGAAGUACCGUCGCCCCAGGGAGAAGAACCAAAAUGUCACACGCAACUCCAGCCUGUACAAGAAGCCUUUCUCGGAAUCGUUUGAGGAGACGCCCCUUGUGGUGGCCGUGCUCACCUACAUGGGCUACGGCAUCCUCACCGUCUUCGGCUACCUCAGAGACUUCCUUCGCUACUGGAGCAUGGAGAAGUGCAACGUGGCUCAGGAGAAGGAGGAGCAGAAGGAUUUCGUCCCACUCUAUCAGGACUUCGAGAACUUUUACACCAGGAACUUGUACAUGAGGAUCCGAGACAACUGGAACAGACCCAUCUGCAGUGUCCCCGGUGCUAAGAUGGACCUGGUGGAGAGGGCUUCCCACGACUACAACUGGACUUUUGAGGACACAGGCAGAGUGGUGAAGGACGUCAUCAACAUGGGAUCAUACAACUACCUCGGCUUUGCUGAAAACACUGGAGCUUGUGCCGAUGCUGCUAUCGAAGUCACACAAAAGUACGGCCCUGGAGUGGGCAGCACUCGCUGCGAGAUGGGAAAUCUUGACAUCCACGAGGAGCUGGAGCAGUUGGUGACCCGGUUUCUGGGUGUUGAGUCAUCCUUGGCUUUUGGGAUGGGCUUCGCAACAAAUUCCAUGAACAUUCCUGCUCUCACCGGGAAGGGUUGUCUUAUUCUGAGUGACGAGCUGAAUCACGCGUCGCUGGUGCUGGGGGCCCGUCUGUCUGGCUCCCCAAUCCGGGUCUUCAAACACAACAACAUGAUAAGCCUAGAGAAGCUGCUGAGAGACGCCAUCGCACACGGGCAGCCGAGAACCCACCGACCCUGGAAGAAGAUUCUCAUUGUGGUGGAGGGAAUUUACAGUAUGGAGGGCUCCAUCGUGCGUCUGCCUGAAGUCAUCGCUCUGAAGAAGCGCUACAAGGCGUACCUCUACCUAGACGAGGCCCACAGUAUCGGGGCCCUGGGACCCAAUGGCAAGGGAGUGGUGGACUACUUUGGCCUUGAUCCCAAAGAUGUCGACAUAAUGAUGGGAACAUUCACCAAGAGCUUCGGGGCUGCUGGAGGAUACAUUGGAGGCAAGAAGGAGCUGAUCGACUACCUGCGGCGCCACUCUCACAGCGCACUGUACGCCACCUCCAUGUCACCCCCUGUGAUCCAGCAGAUAAUCACCUCUAUGAAAAUCAUCAUGGGAGAGGACGGGACCACGCUGGGUAGGUGCCAGACAAUGGCUCUCAUCACUUAA